AUGAAGGAGCCGUCGCUGCCCGGCACCUCCCUGCAGCGGGCCUGCCGCCUCCUCGUCGCCUUCUGUGCCCUCCACCUCUCGGCCACGUUGCUCUACUACCUGGCAGGCAGCGCCCUGGGGCCGCCGGGCGGCCCCGAGCCGCCGCCGCGCCGCCCGCCGCCCGCCAACCUCUCGCUGCCGCUCUCCCGCCCGUCGCCUCCCGCCGCCCGGGCCCGGUUCCCGCCCGCCGAGGCGCCGCCGCCGCCGGGCCCCUGCCCCGAGCCCUCCCCGCUGCUCGUUGGUGCACUACGUGUGGAGUUUUCCCAGCCUGUAAAUCUGGAAGAAGUGGCAAGAAUAAACCCAGAGGUCAAAGCAGGAGGUCGUUUUGCUCCGAAGGACUGUAUAGCAACUCAGAAAGUAGCAAUAAUCAUACCAUUCCGGAACCGAGAGGAGCACCUGAAGUACUGGCUCUACUACCUGCACCCAAUACUCCAAAGACAGCAACUAGAUUAUGGAGUAUAUGUUAUCAACCAGGAUGGAGAAGAAGAAUUUAACCGUGCUAAACUGCUGAAUAUAGGAUUUGCAGAGGCCUUGAAGGAGUAUGACUAUGAUUGCUUUGUGUUUAGUGAUGUAGACCUCAUUCCAAUGGAUGACAGGAACACCUACAAAUGUUACAGCCAGCCACGGCACCUCUCUGUAUCCAUGGAUAAAUUUGGAUUUAGGUUGCCUUACAAUCAGUAUUUUGGAGGCGUGUCCGCCCUGAGCAAAGAGCAGUUCACAAAGAUCAAUGGGUUCCCGAACAAUUACUGGGGCUGGGGUGGUGAAGAUGAUGACAUUUAUAACAGGCUGGUGUUUAAAGGCAUGGGGAUAUCCCGUCCGGAUGCGGUCAUUGGGAAGUGCAGAAUGAUCCGGCAUUCCCGGGACAGGAAGAACGAACCCAACCCCGAGAGGUUUGACCGAAUUGCUCACACACGGGAGACAAUGAAUUCUGAUGGCUUAAAUACGCUAUCCUACAAGGUGUUAAGAACUGACAAGUUCCCUCUGUACACAAAGAUCACAGUGGAUAUUGGCUCCCCCAAUAGCUAACAUCAGAGACACAACAGAGACUUGCCUGUAUUGUCCAGGAUAUGUGGCCACGCUGAUGCAUUACAUGUGCUGGUUUUAUAAGAGUUGCAAUGAACCAAAAAAAAGGGCCUCUUUUGGCAUGCCAAAGUAUCUCCAAAUUGGUUGGACAAGUGCUUU